AUGUUACAAACAAUUAAUAAUAAGAUAAGAUCUCUAUCUUCAUGCACUCCUGUUGAUAUUACACACUUAGUCAGAUUCCAUUCCAUAGCUGAUGACAUAAAUAAAUUAGCAUGUCUAACUUUACCUCAAGGACCAGAAGAUCUUGAACCAAUCAUCUUGAUUGCCAACAAUCAUAUUGAUAAUCAAGAAUGUGAUGCAGUUGAAAAUAAUCAUAGUUUUCACCAACAUACAAAUCUACCUAUGACUUUAAUUUUACAAAAAGGCACCUGUGUCAUGUAUUUUGAUAAUGCCUUAUUUGAACAUGGCCUUUAUAAUGGUUCCAUUAGAGUAAUCAUUGAAUUAAUUAAUGAAGACACUGUCAAUGUUGUAUUCCUGACAUCACUAAGGAUGAUUAUAGCAACUGUUAAAAGAUUAACAAAACAUUUCUUUUUAAAUGCAUACCAUUAA